CCUGCACUACUGCAGCUGCCCACACCAGCACAAGCUGCCACCUACCUCCAGUUUCAGUCUAGCUGCUUGCUGCAUCUGAGGGAUGGACGCCGCUAACGCUAAUCUGCCGCAGCAGGAGGAGCAGGAUCACGGCAAUGGCAUCAGCAUAGAGAAGACGACUGACUCAUCGGCGCUUGACGCCGGCCAUGGCGAGCCCGUCCACAACUACCGCGGAUGGAAGGCCAUGCCUUAUGUCAUAGGGAACGAGACUUUUGAGAAGCUUGGCACGAUUGGGACACUAUCGAACUUGCUUGUGUACCUGACAACGGUGUACCACAUGAAGAGCGUCAAUGCCGCCACCCUCCUCAACUUCUUCACCGGCAGCUGCAACCUCGCCACCGUCCUGGGCGCCUUCGUCAGCGACACCUACGUCGGCCGCUACACCACCUUGGCGGCCGCCACCAUAGCCUCCUUCGUCGGCAUGGUCCUGCUCACCCUCACUGCCGCACUCCACUCCCUCCACCCUCCUGCCUGCAUCUUGAAAGGCCAAUGUGAGGGCCCCGCCCCCUCCCAGCUUGUUGUGCUCCUUGCGUCCUUCUUCUUCCUCGUUGUCGGCGCCGGCGGCAUCCGCCCAUGCAACUUGGCAUUCGGAGCCGACCAGUUUGAUCCACACACCGCCGAUGGACGUCGUGGCAUCACUAGCUUCUUCAAUUGGUACUACUUCACCUACACCAUCGCCAUGAUGCUCUCUGCUACUGUCAUCAUCUACCUCCAGAGCGAUGUCAAUUGGGCGUUGGGCCUCGCCGUGCCGGCAGUGCUCAUGGGCCUGUCAUGCGCCGUCUUCUUCAUGGGCACACGCCUCUACGUCCGCAUCAGCCCCGAGGGCAGCCCAUUCACCAGCUUCACACAGGUCCUCGUUGCUUCCUUCCGCAAGCGCCACCUCCGACAAACUCGCAACACUGUCGAGCUAUUUGACCCGCCGCACAGGAGCAAGCUCGUCGCCAAGCUGGCAUACACUGACCAGUUCACGUGCCUCGACAAGGCGGCCAUGCAGACCACCGAGGACGUGGUCAGCUCCGAUGGGAAGACGUUGGCAGACCCGUGGCGGUUGUGCACGAUGCAACAGGUGGAGGAGGUGAAGUGCCUAGCGCGCGUCAUCCCGGUAUGGUCAUCGGGAAUUGUAUACUUCGUGGUGAUCACCCAGCUAGGCACCUACAUCGUGUUCCAGGCGGAGCAGACCGAUCGCCGGAUUAGCAACUCCGUCAGCUUCAAGAUCCCCGAGGGCUCCUUCGUCAUCUUCCAGAUGCUCGCCCUCACGAUCUGGAUCCCAGUGUACGAUCGGUUGGUGGUGCCGGCGCUCCGCCGCUUCACUAAGCGCGAAGGCGGCAUCACCCAGCUCCAGCGGAUCGGCAUUGGGUUGGUGCUCUCUGUGGUGACGAUGCUGGUGUCUGCAGCGGUGGAGCAUCGCCGGCGCAAGACGGCCAUGAUGUCGUGCUUCUGGCUGGUACCACAGCAGCUGUUGGUAGGGCUGUCGGAGGCAUUCACGGUCGUCGGGCUGACUGAGUUCUACUAUAGGCAGUUCCCAGAGAACAUGAAGAGCGUGGCGGGGGCGCUCUUCUUCCUGGGUGUCGCGGUGGCGAGCUUUGCCAGCGGGCUCAUGGUGGCACUGGUGCACCGGGUGACCAGGAGACGGGACGGGCGGCCGGACUGGCUGGCGCAGGACCUAGACGAGGGAAGGGUUGACUUGUUCUACCUCGUCACCGCUGCCAUCGCCGCCGCCAACCUCGUCUACUUCGUGGCCUGCGCACGGUGGUUCACGUUCAAGAAGUCCGCCGACGGCGCCCAUCCUAGCGAUGCCAUCGAGCUUGACGAAGGCCCAAACAAGGCUGCAUGCGGUGGCCCCAUUUAGCUUAAUCACGAUGCAUAGAUUGGUAGAUUAAUGGAGAGUUAUAUGUGUAUGAUUAUUGUUCCUUUGGAUCCAACAUGAAUCCUAUAAGUCUAUGCUACAGUAUAUUUGGGAAUAAUCAAACAUGGGAUAUAUCAUA